UUGCCUAUACACUUUCAAAUUUUCACAAACUUGACACAUCAAAAAAAUUAGCAAUAUGACUUGGGAAGAGAUUAAACCAAAGAUUUCAGUACCAAUAUUUUGUAUACUCACGCUCUGCACAUUUCUAGCAGAUAUUCUAAUUGACGAGAAAAAAUAAGGAAUAGAAAAUAACAAUAAUUAGCACAUCCCGAUAUGAUGGUAAAUGAACUGGAAAUAACUCAAGACGAACAAACAUUUCAAAAAGAAAUUGCUCUAAAUAGAUUAUCAUCGAUAACUCUUCAACAAGCUCGUAGAAACGUAAUCCAUGUUGAUGAUGAGUCAACAAAGGAACACAAACACACCAUCGAGAAAACGCUGAAAAAAUCCACUGACAUGUUCAUCCAAAAUUUAAACAAAAUCUCUAAGAUAGAUGUUAAGGAUAAAAAAUUAUUAGAUCUCAUCGAGUCUGAAACGCCUUUGAAACUUCCUGAAUCGCCUAAGGACACAGUGUCGUCGAAAACAUCAAAAGAUGAAAUACAGAAUGCGGAAAUGAAAGUUCCACCAUUUACGCCGCUAGAAGCAGCUGCUAUAUCCUCCGUCCUCGAGGAGUGUUUAAACCAGCUCGCUAUAAUCGGAUUCAUUAUACCAGCCAACAUCGACCCACGCUGGGAUGAUUCGUUCAAGACAAUCGACGAGACAUACGGGGUACCUGAUGAACCUGAAAUUAUCUUCAGAGAAGACAUGGGCCUGUUACCAAUUGUACCCACGAAGGCUGAAAAAUUGCAGAGGGAAAGGAACUAUGUAUGUGAAGUCCUAAAAAAAGUCCUUCACGAAAUAAGGAACCAUAGAACAUUUGACAGUCUGCAAAAAGAGGUUGAUAAUAUCGCGAAGAAACUUGAAGGCGAACGUAAUCUUGAAGAAAGCGCCCAGAUGUGGCUCAACCGAGCUGAACAACUUCGAGAGCAACUAGAAUCCGAUAAAAAAGCGAACGAGGAAGACAGAAAAAGCACGAUAAAACUCGCGCAGGAAAGCGACGCGCGAGUCGAUCACGCGAUAUUCAUAAAUAGUGGAAAAUUGGGCUAUGCGGAAAAAUGGGCGAAAGCUAGAUUGGAGCAGCAGGAACUCAAACUGAAUCUACAAAACAGAGAUAUGCUGAACAAAUUGAGUGAAUAUUCAAAGGAGUACAAUACGGAACACGCUAUUUCGUCUGAAAUACAUACUUACUUAGAAGCAGACAUCAAAGAGAAAGAAGAGCAGAUAGAUAUAUGGACGAAAAAAUAUAAUAAGGAGAUUGUGGAACGACAGGAAGAAAUCGAUGAAUUAAAGAAACUAAUAGAAGAAGAAAAACUAGAAAUAGAAGAAAUGCACGCUUUAAUGGACAAACGGCAGAAAUUUAUCAACGAAUGCAUUGCCGAGGAAAAUAGAUUGAAAGAAGAAGAGAAGCUAAGUAAAGCCGCAACUGUUAUCCAAUCGACAUGGAGAGGUCACAUGGUAAGAGAACAAUUAGGAAAAUACAAAGGUCUGUGGAAACAAUUGAAAAAGCGGAAGAGAUCACGCCAAAAAAGAAAAGCCUAAUGAAAAUAAGAGACAAAGAAUACAUCUAAGAAAAAAAGGGCUUCAGUGUCUAAACAAACGACAGAGAGUUUGACA